CGUGAAAAGAAUCAUGCUAUAUCGUUAAGUUUCCAGGUGUAGAAAGUGAAUAUUGAAUUGUCAUCGGGUGAGAGAUCCACUUACAUUUUAGGAUGUACAGCAAGCUGCUCCAGCUUGGCUAAUGGAACUAAAUCCAUAACGCUCUGAAUCUUUAAUCCUUUUGGCCAUGGUGGCAGAAUGCCAAACACAUUCCCUAGCACAAGUUUUUUUUCCUUCUGAUGCAAAGAGAGCAUUCCGUAGGUGUAUUCAUUUUUAAUCUUUUUGUACUUCUCAAGUAGAAUUUUGUAGCUACAAAUUGCAUCAUCAAACGAGGCUUCAUUGCAGAACCUGGAUUUAACUAGGGUUGUCUGUUCGGUUAACCGAAACCUUUAAAAAAACAUUUUAAAAAAAUGCUACAGAUUGUUUUCCCAAAAUCAAAACCGAAUCCGUUAAUAGACUUUAUCAAAUUUUGGUUAAUCGAAAAUCGAUAAGCCACUUAACGAGUUCGGUUUCGGUUGAAAAAAACGGAGAACCUAAACCCUUGCACCCUUUAUAAUGGUCUCGGUUAGAGUAAUCUUAUAGAUUUUUGGUUUAAAUACAAACCCGAAUCAAAAUCCGGAUAUGAUAAGAUUUUUCUCCAUUUGAUUUCAAUUUAAACCGAUAAACCGAACUCAAUUUCCUCAUCCCUAUUUGGCCUAUAAAAAUACAAGUUGGUAAAAACAAUCACAUAUUCUCUCUAUUUUUUGGCCCAGAACCACUUUAGCCCUAUUUUUACUCCAAAAUCAAAACCGAAUUUGUUAAAGGACUUUAAGAUUUUUUGUUAACCAAAAAUCGAUAAGUGCCCUGCACCUAUUAUGCCGGAAAAACCAAAGACCCGGAUCCUAUAAGAUUUUUAUCCAUUCGUUUUCGAUUUAAACAGAAAAACCAAACUCAAUUUCCCCGACUCUAUUUGGCCGUAGAAAAAAUACAAAGUAGGUAAAACCAAUCACAGAUUCUCUCUAUAUUUUUUUUUACCCAUAAUCAUUUUAGCCCUCUUUUAACUCCCUUGGGAGCGAAUCGCUCCCCCUUUCAAAAUAAUGUGAGUGAGAUCACUUUUCCUGCAUUGCCUCUCUACCUCGAGUGAAAACUUAAUCGGCCAAAGUAAUGCACGAACCUCAGAAGUAUUCGGUGUCACAUGACCAGCAAAAAACUGAGCCUCCUGCUUCCUUGUGAUGGUCUACCAUAACUUCCAAAAGAUCGUUGCUUGCUCUAAUGGGUGCGAGUAAGCUCUAAGACUAGCAUCGGAGAGUGCUCCUCUCGUGUGAUAGGCAGGAAUCUCUAGCUUCCUGGAGAAACCAUAAUAAAUGUUAGUGAAGUGUCGUACUACCAAUCUAUACGAGAUGUAGAGCUGGAUCAAGCUCCUUAUUGGAGAUAUUAUGAAUGUGGCAAAGAACUCCCAUGUGGCCACAUUACGACAAUCUCCUCUAGUGCUGAAUAAUGACAAGAGAUCAGCCUCGUCUAGCUUCUGUUUCACUAAUGCUCCCCAUCCUGGUAUUGGUCGAAGUCCGAUCAAUCAAGCUCUCCCUAGGAAUCUACAGGAUUGUAUCUCCACUUCUCUUUCUUCUUCGCACUAGAACUACCGAGCGGAAACUAAAGGAAAGGAUGUGGGGGUGUCUCUGGUGCCUCCUUAUGAACCCAAAGCUCGUUAUUAGUCUCGAGCACCUUUGUCCCCUAUGGCAUCCUGCUCCUUGAUCUCCUUCUAUCUAAUGAUAGUCUUCCACUACUGUUGCUAAAGGAGAUUCAAACGAACUGGUAUUGAGAAUGGGAGUCCCUCAAAUAUGACUCCUCAUCCUCCUCGACUAUAGGCUCCCCCAAGUGGAGUCAUGCAAACCUCCUCAGAGUUGCACACUCUUGAUCUCCUCUAGGUAGACUAGGACGCCUAAGUCCUCGUGAAGAAGAUGCACCAUCAUCUCCCUUCUUCUUGUGCCUUCCAAGCCAUCCAGGAACUAUUCUUCAUUUUUCUGCAUAUAGAAAAUAAACCAAGUUAUUUAUAGAUAAAUUUGGGAAUAACCCCACACUUUAUAGCAUGGCUUCUUCUAUAAGAUAAUCAUAUAAUUUCUUCGAUAUGUAUUAUCAAGAUAGCUACCUAUGGCAAACUCAUUCAGUCUCAUAUAAUGUUAAUAGUGUAUACAAGAGUAAACGACAAGGUUGGUCACUGAAAUUACUAAAAACAUUCAUGUUUGGUCACUGGAAAUUAUCCAUUAGUUUGAAAGAUUCUUUUUUUCAGAUUUUAGCAUUCGAACUAAUUCACUUCUUUUCCAUUUUAUUUGUAUCCACAUGUCAAAUAUUUUUUGCCAAUAUUAUUAAUGUAAUCUUUAUCAAUAAUGUUGUAUAGAUUCUUCCAUUUUAGUAAUAGUGUUUAAAUCCAUGCAUAUGUUUCUACGUUAAUUAUUAAUGUUUUAAUCGUAAUAUUAGAAUUUUUGCCCAUCUAAUUAAUGUUUGCAUCAACCUCAUUGAUGAGACAGCGACAUCAAUUAUUAAAUAUAAUCAUGUUAUUAUCAACAUAUUUGACUCUAGAAGUUCGUUGAUGUCGCCUAUAUUAAGGUAAUCGGUCUCAAUAUUUUUUCCAUUAUUAUCAAGUUUUCCAUUAUUUUUUCCCUAUAUUAAGGUAACCGGAAGAGAGGAGGGCUAUUUCGAUUUCAAUUUAUCAUAGGAAAAUGUCAUUGUAGAAGAAACUCUUUGGGUGCUAUGUGUUCCGAAGCAGCAACAAAGUUGUCGCAGGGAGCUUUUGAGAACUCUGUCCCUCCUUAGAAUCCAUCGUGGUGCCAACAGUGGUUUCGGCGGCACUGCCAUAUUGCCUAUUGUAAAUGGAGGUAAUUGAAAUGAGGAGGAGGAGACGCUUUAGUCAUGCUUACAAAGAUUGGUUGGACGACGAGGAAUGGCAGCGAAGGAGGCGGUGGUGGUGGUGGGUUUAGAUAGCUGAGGUUUGUUUGUUUGUUUGUUUCUAUAUAUACACAUGAGGAAGAAUGAGGCGACACAUGCAUAUUAGUAAUUCUUAUUAUUAAUCAUGUUAUAAAUUCUAUUAUUAACUGUAUUUAUUAUUAAUGUUAAAUUUUUUCAUUAUUAAUUUUUUUUGGUUUGUUUAGUAAAGCUCAAUGAGGUGGCGCGUCCAUAUUAAUAAUUCUUAUUAUUGAUCUUAUUAGUAAUUCUAUUAUUAAUCUUAUUUUACAUGUAUUGCAAUGGUUUUUUCUUUUAUGUAUUGAGACAUAUUUUGUUGUACAUUGUGCUACAUCAACAACGAAGAGUUCUAGUUCAUGAAAAACAUUCCCAGCGGGUGUGAUAAAACAAGAUCUAAGGA